CAGUGUAUAUAUACCUUGUUUGUUGGUACAUGUAUAUAAAAUAUGAGUGACCAAACGGUCGGUAACUUGGUGACUGUUCCGCAAGAGCGCUAUCCUACCUGCCCCAAUCUAACGCUUCUCUGUUUCUAAUUCCAAGUCCCUGCUAUGUGUCAUAUAUAAUCAACGAAGAUAGAUGAUGCCAAAGUGGAUAUAAAUAGAUGCGUAGAAGCGAGGGUCUUUUCGCUUUGUAAAAUAAGUGAGAUUGUGAAUUAACGUGAAGACAAAAAUGAGUAGUUGGUGCAAAGUGACUUCUUUUAAGUAUUAAAUUUAUUAGUUCUCAGCCCCUCUGUCGUUAAAUUAAUUUAACAGCUUCAUAUUUUAUGAAAAUUUUUGUUAGAGAGAUAAAAGUAAAUGUGCUAGAGAGAUAAAUACAAAUGUGGAAAGAAAAUAAGGCUUUGUUAGGCUAUUAACACUACGAUAGUUUGUUGAAUUAGUGAAGGUUGCUCGCGAAAACAUAAGAAAAUUGCAGUACUGCAAGUUAUAUUCACAUAGUUGACAAUGGAUGAUUCACCUAAUUGUGUUUAUAAUUCAUACGAUAUUUUGUUAACCGAUCACAGAGGUUGCAAAACUUUUAAUCGUCACCUAUUACAUUAUAUUUGGAGCCAAGAUGAUAAAGUAGACCGAUUUCUUACAAAACUUGACGAGAUAUCUCAUAUUGAUAAUUUAGUCGAUACUUUUGGAUGUACAUUGCUUCAUUACGCAGUUGAAUACAAUAACGUAUCGAUAUCAGCUAUACUCAUAAAGUUAGGAUGCAGUAUUCAUGCAGUUGAUAAUUCCGGACGAACACCUUUUCUACUAGGUCUGGCGAAGAAAGAUGAGAGCAUGAUCUCUUUGUUGGUUCGCUAUGUAACUGAAGUUUACGUUGAUGAAGGUGUCGGUAGGAGUUGGUUGCACACAAUUUUAAGUGAAGAAAAGUUAUCUAGGUAUGUACCUCGAUUAUUGCUACAAAAAGUGAAAGUGAGAAGUGGCGAUGAUAUGGAGUUAGCUAAUAUACUGAUUGCGGAAAAGUGUGAAUUAUGUUACGCGAUUCAUACAAGGAAAUGUGCUGUAAUAAAAAUAAUGAUAGACCACGGUUUUGCAAUCGAUGCACAAGAUGUGAAAGGGCAUACUGCGUUACAUUUUGCUGUACGUUUUGGGCAAACUGAAAUGGUUAAAUUACUACUAGAAUGCGGCGCUGAUGUGAAUGCUCGAAAUACCAUAGGACAAAUACCAAUAAAUUAUCCAAAUAUUUUUUAUGCCACUGCUGAACAACAAGAUAUUUUGAAACUUCUCCUUGAACAUAGAUGUCAAUGGAGUCUGCUUGAUGAAACUUAUAGAAUGCAAAUAUAUAAUUUGAUGUGCUAUGGACCAAAAGAAGCUAUCGAGAUAUUAUUAAAUUUAAAUGCUGAUUAUGCUGCGCGAGAUGCAUUUCAUCAAACUAUACUUCAUUAUAUAGUAAAAAAUCGUAAUACUGAUGUAGUCCAGUUGUUGAAAUCCCGCGAUAUAGACCCUAACGUUGAAGAUGACAAGGGCCGUACACCACUACAUAUCGCUGCUAAAGAAAAGAACGAAAUAGCUUGUAAAAUUUUUCUUGACAAAGGCGCCGAUGUAAAUAAAGUAAGCGACACUUUUAUAGCAGUCCCGUUGUUUUAUGCAAUCACAGGAGCAGACCAGUACAAUAACUGUAAAAAGUGCAUCGAGUUGCUCUUAGAUCAUGGUGCGGAUGCUCAAUUUAGUGAUAACGGAUAUACAGUUUUCAACGUGCCGCAGUCGCGUAAUUUUGCACGGUUGUCGGUACUUUUAAUAGGACAUUUUGUCUUGCUUGAAGCAUUUGGUAAAGAACUUACUGAAGUGAUUCAGGAAGAAAUUUUUUUAAAUUGUUUUUAUGAAAUGCAAUUCAGUUUUUGCAAACAGCGGCUCAUAAAAACACAACAAGAGACAAUUUAUAAAGAAAUAACAUUAUAUGAUUUUUUAAUUGAAAGUGAAGAUAAGAUUACAUCUUAUAUGUACAAUAACGAAAUUCUCUCGAAAAUACAAUCUUAUAAUUCUGAUUAUCAUUGUAAUGCUUAUAUUAACCACCGAUUUCAGAUGCGUAUAAAUAAUGCUAUAGAACUUGCCAAUUUAAGAAAGCAAGCUACAAUCGCUUUAGAAAAUCUUACAGCAUCGACAAUUAGAUAUAACGAUAUUAUUGUCCGUGAGGUGAUUAGUUACUUGAAUCGUGAAGAUUUACAAAGUCUAGCCAAUUUAGUAGCUGAUAAUAUUGCUUGAUUGAACGUAAGACUGACUAUGUUUCUAAAAAUAUAUUUCAAAAUGGAAAUAAAUAUACUCUUAUUUUGUACACAAAUUGUGAUAAAUUAAUUUAAUUUUGUAUAAUAACCUCGUUACAUAAUACAUUUUAUUCGGUUAC